AGGUGUUAAACAUGGCGGAUGUGAGUGAAGAAGAUUUAUCAAUAUGCUUCAUCUGCAAGGAAAAGCUGAAAGAUCCGAAACUGUUGCCAUGCCUACACGUGUUCUGCGACUGUUGUCUGACUCAACACAGACGGUUAGCACGAUCCACAGCAUGUCCCAUGUGCAACUUUGACGCCAGCAAACUCUUGCCUACUCCAGUGACAGAGCGAGAAUGCAAAUUCCUAAAGGGCUAUUUGGAAAUAUGUAAUCAAGGUACUGAGACCAAUGUCAACGAUGAUGACAGCGUAAAAAGCUAUGACUCUGAUGAUGACAAGAGAGAGGAUCCGGGAGAACUGAAUUCCAAUUCGGAUCAGGAGCAGGAGGUUCCAGACAGAUCCGAGAGUGUCAUGUCCAGAUUGGACGAGUCACAGGUCACAUGCCACACUCAUCCGCAAAACAUCGCUGAAGACUUCUGUCCUUCGUGCCACAAGCUGAUAUGUCAGAAAUGUGUGUCAACCCUCCACAAGAAAUGCAAGGAUGUCAUUUCACUACAAGAAGCUGUUGAGAUGAACAUGCUCACCUUUAAUACCAUCCAUGAAUUCCUUACAAAGGUGUAUUUGGACACAGAAACAAAGCUGGAACCAAGACGUGCGAGACUGACACGUCUAGACGAACAGAAGCAGCGGGCAGUAGAAUCCGUGCAAUCAUUGAGGGAACAGCUCGUCAGUGCCAUUCUUGAAAAAGAAAAGGAAACGUUGAACGAAAUAGAGGAACGUUAUGAAGACGAGAGUAGUAAAGUCAAGAUUGAAAUCACCCAAGGGGAAACACUGAGGUCCUGUGUUCAAAGGUCAGUUGAUGUGUUUGAAUGUGCAAUGUCUAUGAACGGUCAUGGCGAACUGCUGGAGAUUGAGAAGGCCAUGUCAGAGCGAGUGGAUCAGUACUUGCUGGCAUGUACCCAGUUAUGUCAUUCCGACCAGGAUAACAAUUUUUCGUUCAUAGGAAACGACAAAGCGGUGACAAAACUUGAAAGGACGUUAAAUCUGGGCGAGGUCGUGGUAUCCCCAGAAGGCGAGGCUGUACCUAAUGGGUUACCGUCACCUCUGGAUUCUCCAUGGGAGGGGAAGCUGUCCCUCAUUGCUUGUUUCCAUGGUGGUUCUCGGGAAGACUACACCGAACCACUCUUGACAGACGUGGUCAUCUUGAGCGGAGGUGAUGUUAUCCUGACAGACCGAGAUAACAAAAGUCUCAAGAAGUUUAAUGCCCACGGGAAGGUCCUAACCAGAGUGCCUAUCCCUGACGUCCCCUCAAGGAUUGCUGUGAUCUCUAACAGCAAAAUAGCCGUCACAGUCAUGAACAAGAAGCUCCUGUUGUUCUUCUCAAUAUUUGGAACUCUCAGAAUCCUUGCUCAGGUGAAGACGAAGAAGCAGUAUGCCUACAUCACAGGAACUGACGAUGGUUCUCUACUGGUUGGAACUAAUAACUGCGACACGAUAGAUUUGAUAUCUCAAACUGGCGCAUUCCUUAAAACCGUCUACUCCCAGAAACCAGAGAAAGCCGUUAUAUCAAGACCUUUAUACCUAACCCAGUCACCUAAAGGAUAUUUCCUGGUGUCUGACAGCGGGAGACGUCUCAUGUUUGCUCUUCAAGAAGAUGGAUCUACGAAGUUCACCUACAAACCCAAGGGAGAAGAGGCGUUAGAAUGCCCUCUAGGGGUCGCAUGUGAUGUAGCCAAUCAUGCUCUCUUGGUGGACAGGGACGGUAACUCAAUUCAUCUCGUGUCUCCGAAAGGUGCUCUGGUGAAGAAGAUCCUGACUGAGGAGGACUCGCUGACCAAACCCUGUGGGGUGUAUAUCUCGGGAAGAAACCUUCUCGCUGUCACCCAGGUGGACGGCUACGUGAAGGUUUAUAGAGCUGAAGAAAGCUGAGUUUCGAAAAUGCGAUCAUAUUUUGUGUGCAGUUGUGGGGGAUGAUUUUGUCACUUUGGUUUCAUAGUCAGAAAUGUUAUACUUAGUAUGACAAGGAGACCGUGUCUUGGUCAGAAUGGAUGAGUGAAUUGGGUGUUAGGUGCCAUUUGUAGCAAUAUUCAGGCCCUAAAAGACCCGGGAUACACAGACUGACUUCAGCAAUUGAAAGCAAUUGAGGCCAGGUUUUCACCGUGAGGACCCGAGGCUGUGGCGACGAGGCAUUCAACGACACGUUUCUCAUACGAAACUCAGAUGUCAACUUAAUUCAUUUUUCUGCCAUAGUCAGACUUUAAGUCAGAUUUAUUUUAGCCACAUCACGGAGGCAAAUCAAUGGUCACAGUUCAAGGUUGCACCGUGUGUUGACAAACAAUAUGAACCUGACAGCAUGGGGAAUGUGUGUUGUGUGUGGCUGCUUGUACUAGUUCGGACUACUAUUAUAAAUAUUGGAUGACAUGGACACAUAUUGGAUGACAUGGACACAUAUUGGAUAACAUAAAAUGGUGCAGUAAAGUGUGUGAUUUAUCAUAUAUAUCGUGUUGCUAUGUAGCAGGUAGCAUUGUUGAAAGUGUCGGUUUGAACAAAUGCUGGGACGAUAUACCACAGCAGGUGAUUCUCACUUUGGUCGAUUGGGCCCAGAAGAACCGAAAACUGCAAUAAAAUGUCUAAAUGAAAUAUUGACAAUCCAUUCCUCAUGUUGCGUAUACAAAAUUAUGAAGACAUAUACCGAUGAAAAAUCUAAGAGACAUAAAUGUCGAACAUAUCCAUAGUGUCGAUGUGUGUAUUUAUACUCACUGCCAAAAUAAACGCGAAUACGAUA